AUCUCCCCCACUCUCUCGCCUCCCUCCGCCUUCCGUGCUCUCCACCACCACCACACCCCCAUCCUCUCACACCCGCACCAUGCCCGGCAAGCCGACCGUUGCCUCCGUCGAGAUUGGCGAUGCGCCGCCAAAGGGCGAGACGCGCGUGCGCCGCGCCUUCUGCUCCCCCGACCGCCUCGUCCACCGCCCCACGGGCGACGACGGCAACAUCAACACCAUGGCCGAUGUGCUGCAGUAUGCCGUGCGCAAGUACACCAACAAGCCCUGCAUGGGCUACCGCGACGUCAUCAAGACGCACACCGAAAAGAAGGAGAUCACAAAGAAGGUCGACGGCGAGGAGGUCAAGGAGACCAAGACGUGGCAGCUGCAGGAGCUGAGCGAGUACAAGUACCUCACGUUCAAGCAGUUCAACGAGCUCGUGGUUGAGAUUUCGAGCGGCCUGCGCAACCUCGGCAUGACGUCGGAGAAGCGCUUCAACAUCUACGGCAGCACCUCGCUCGACUGGCAGUCGAUGGCGCACUCGUGUUUCGCGCAGAACAUUCCCUUUUGCACGGCGUACGACACGCUGGGGCCCGAGGGCCUGCAGCACUCGCUCGCCGAGCCCGAGGUGGUGGGCAUCUUUACCAACCCGCAGCUGCUCAAGACGCUCUGCGACGUGCUCGACGACACGCCCACGGUGCGCUACGUCAUCUACAACGGCAAGCCCGAGGAGGCGCAGCUCGAGACGCUGCGCAAGAAGCUCGAGGGCCGCGAGGGCGCCAAGGUCAUCUCGCUCGACGAGCUCAAGGCGGACGGGCGCGCGAACAAGGCCGAGGCCAACCCGCCAAAGGCCGACGAUGUGGCGUGCAUCAUGUACACGUCGGGCUCGACGGGCAAGCCCAAGGGUGUGAUUCUGAAGCACAGCAACCUCGUCGCCGCCACGGGCGCCGUGGAGCUGCUGCUGGGCCAGCACCUGCGGCCCACGGACACGUUCCUGGCGUACCUGCCGCUGGCGCACAUUCUCGAGUUCAUCGUCGAGUGCAGUCUCAUGUACGUCGGCGUCACGAUGGGCUACGGCGGCGUCAAGACGCUCACGCCCGCGGGCGUCAAGAACUGCGAGGGCGACCUGAUGGCCUUCAAGCCGAGCGUCAUGGUCGGCGUGCCGGCGGUGUGGGAGACGAUCCGCAAGGGCAUCCUCACCAAGGUCAACGCCGGCCCGGCGGUGGCGCGCCUGGCGUUCAAGGGCGCCCUGUCGUGGAAGCGCAACUCGAUUCCGCUGCUCAGCAGUGCCUCGGAGGUCAUCUUCAACAAGGUGCGCGCCCAGACGGGCGGGCGCCUGCGCAUUGCCCUCAGCGGCGGCGCGGCCAUCUCGCGCGAGACGCAGGAGUUCCUCGACAUGGCCCUCGUGACGCUGCUGCAGGGCUACGGCAUGACGGAGAGCUGCGGCAUGUGCACGAUUGGCACGCCCGACUUUUGCGCGUACAGCACCGUGGGUGCGCCGAGCCCGGCCAUCGAGAUCAAGCUCGUCGACGUGCCCGACGCCGGCUACUUUGCCACCAACGACCCGCCGCAGGGCGAGGUGCUCAUCCGCGGGCCCGCCGUCACCGAGGGCUACUUCAAGCGCGAGGAGACGACGCGCGAGGCCAUCAAUGCCGACGGCUGGCUCAUGACGGGCGACGUGGGCCAGUGGAACAAGGACGGCACCCUCUCGGUCAUCGACCGCAAGAAGAACCUCGUCAAGCUCAGCGGCGGCGAGUACAUUGCCAUCGAAAAGCUCGAGUCGACGUACAAGUCGUGCGACCUGGUGCAGAACAUGUGCGUGCACGCCGACGCCAACGCCAGCAAGCCCAUGGCCAUCGUCUUUCCGCGCGAGGAUGCGCUCAAGGCGCUCGGCGGCGGCCGUUCGCUCGAGGAGCUGUGCAACGACGACAAGGUGGCGAACCAGGUGCUGAAGCAGCUCAACGAGGUCGGCCGCAAGGGCGGCCUGAAGGGACAGGAGGCACUCACACUGUGCAUUCUCGUGCCCGAGGAACUGCCGAUGACUGCGGCGCAGAAGCUGGAGCGCGGCAAGGUGACGAAGAAGUACGCCGAUGUCAUCAAGGAGAAGUACGUGUAGGGUCUUCUACGCGUAGCUCAGCUCUACUUGCCCUUUCGUCCGAGCCUGCGCUUCCCGAUCCGAGUGUCCGAUACCCUCACCCACCUCUCCUCUCGCGCCGGACUAUGCCCCCACCUCUUCUCCCUGCUACGCUGCACCUCUCGAAUAUCCCUACUCGUGGC